UGCAGAAGGUCGUCUGUCGGUGUUAUGCGGAAGAGCAAGCGCAGCUGGCACAAUAUACGUUAAUAAAGUUUUUUCUCCAUAUUGACCACCGGGACUGUUGCUGUUUGCAAGGUAGAUAAUUAACUACCUAUUCUCGAAAAAUGGGAAUAAUAUUAUGGCCAGUAAUACUUGUCGUUCUGAUAUCUUAUUUUGCACAAGCACAAGACUUCGGUGGCCCUGACUUGGGUGACGCACUGACCGCAGUCUCCCAGGCUCAGUUGGGAAGUGGAUUAACCGAGAAAGCACCGUCGAAGAAAAAGGCUACUCCGAAACCAGCCGCCGCCAAGGCACUAAAUGCACCAGCACCGGCGCCGGCCGACAACAGGGUCGUCCUAACAUCACCCGGCGACAACUCUGGUUUCCGCCGAGCACCCCCUAAGGGCAGUUCGGCAGCGUCCGACACCCUCUUCCCCAGUAAUCCCGGCGCCGUAAUACCUCGUCCAGUCGCCGACAGUAUCCUGACAACGCCCCAGCAAGCUGUACCACAGGGUGCUCCCCCGGGUGGAGGUGCCGGUGGCGGUGCUGCAGCAGGGUCAUCAUCUGCAGGUACACCACCUGGAGGUGCCGCGGGUGCCGCGGGCGCCGCAGCAGGACCAACUACCAAGCCGCCACCUGCUACUACUUUCGCAGGAUACUUGGUUGGAUCGCCGUAUCCGUUUGUUCUGCCACCGCCGGACAUUCCGUACUUCGGCUCCAAAUGGAACGGACCUUGGGGUUAUCCUGUUGGACAUUACCAAGCAUUUCGCGGGACUGGACAGUACAUUACGCAUUACAGCUACUAUCCUCUUUCCUAUUUUGGUUCUCUCAUGGCGCCUUUUGCUUACGGCGUUUCCGGCAAGCGGUAAUGCAGCUAUAGUUUUGUUUACAGUUACAAGGUUGAUCUGAUGGUUGAAGCAGAUUGUGUUAUGAUAUGCGUUAUUGUGUAAAAUUUCCUGGAUUGCUCGUUGUUUAUUACUAUUGCUGAUUUUCAACUAAAUGCUGCAGAAAUUUCUUAUAAAAAACAAAUUGUUACAAAAUAUGCGGCGCAACGCCUUCCCA